AGGGAUGCAUGAAAACUUCUGCUGGUGGAUGUGGAAAAUGUCUAGUAUACCCCCGCUUUGCCCCUUUUCGCAGCGACAAGGAUGAAAGCUUUCGCUCGCCUGUGUCCUUUGUGGCAUCGCAUUCUUUAACUUUGCGUGUAGUUCUAGUCAGUGUUAUCUAGUUGCGUUAGUUCCAGUUUUGCCAAAAAAAAUAUUACAGUGAAGCAGAAGACCGAGCUCAUGGGUAUCUGAACCUUUCUGCAUAUUCUUCCAGUUGCAAAUGCAUGUCAUGGCGAAGUCUUGUUCACUAAUCCUAGCUGCUCUGCCUGUAAUGUUCCACCAAAGAAGAGGUAAAACAACACAAAGAUGACAGUGAACAGUCUCUGGACAUUGUUGCAACCUCUACUGCAACGUGUCCACGGGGGAGCGCAGCUCGAGGAAAAUUUGAAGGAUACGCUACUGAUCGUGGACUUAUCCCGCUGGAUAGUCGAGGCUUCGUUCAUGUAUCGAGACCGAUACGCGAAUCAUUAUCGAAGUACUUCGAUAGCGGACAAGACCCCUAGCAGAGUUGAUUUGCUUGAAGAGGAGAACAAAGAUGGCCCAGGCCCGGACACGGAGGAUGAUUUUGUUGUGAAAAUUGUGUUCCGGAAGCUCUGCCGGCUGUUGCUAUUAGGAGUGCGCUCCAUUGUUGGCGUGCUGGAUAGCAAGUUUCUCCCAUUGGAUAAACUCAACAGUAAAUAUAGAGGGAUAGCGGAUCAUAAGACAGGAUCAUCAAAAGCUCCGGUAUUGAGUACAACGCAACGCUUUAGUGACGCUUUGUACGAACGUAUACGUCGCGUCUUUUCUGCCUUCGAGGGAUGCGCUUUAGUGGAGGCUAGCGGAGAGGCAGAGGAACUGUGCGGUGCGAUACAGGUAAAACUGGAAGAGGCGUCUGUAAUCUCUUCGGGUGGUAAAAAUAUAACGGGGUCCUUUUCUCUAGUGGACAGCUGCGAUGGCGAUGCUUUGCUGUACGGAGCAAGUCGAUUGAUUAAAAAGCUACAGCCCUUCAAUUUGCCGAGAGACACUGCAGGGCAGCUGCUUGUGCGGGAAAGUUGUUCACCUAUUGACUCGACACCCAUGGCACCUCGCACCAAUGUAAGUAACAAUUACGUUGAAAACAAGACUCAGAUUCUUGAAAGGUAUCAUUCGCCCGAAGAAGAUGCUGCUGGAAACGAGCGGAACAGUACUAGUUCUACGUCACCUCUGACGUCGACGGGUCGGUUACUCCUGACUCUAAACCGAAAGCGCGAAGAUCGGAAGGCAGAGUUUGAAAAGCUAAUCGGCGUCCCUCCUGCAGAAUCUGCUGGGUCUACGAGGAGAGGUCUAGACACUUCACCCUCAAAAGGAGUCGUCAUAGAGGAUCUUGAGGCGCGUUUCAUGACUCCCCAUAGAGGACGUCCGAGAGAGAAUGCUGUGGCCAAUAUCGAGCACACGACAAGAUGCGUAAAACCGGGAGACCGAGAAGGGUUAGCAGGAGGAGAGAAUCCUGGAUCUGCUUCAUCUAGGGAACAAGAGCAAGAACCGAACGAGCAGCCGCGCAGAGUCUUGCAGGAGAAAGAGAUUAACGAUUUCGGCCUCGAAUCGCUGACUCGACAUGAAUUGGCAUUCAUCGCGGCGUUGAGUGGCUCGGAUUUUUGCACAGCAGGUGCCUUGGGCAAAGGACCGAAGCGAGCAUGGGCUGACCUCCUCCGUUUGCGUCAUAAUGUCAGUGCUGAAGAUGCGAAAAAGCGCCAGAAGGAACUCAAAAUGGACGUUCAAAGCGCGAGGAAAGCAAGGAGAAAUGGUGAACGAGAACAAGUAGACGAAUUUCCAAGUGCAGGUAAGUACACAGAGACGGAAGGACGAGGGUGCGAAAAAGUCGUGGAUAAAUGCUUCAAACCUGCUGCAAAACGUCGAAGCAAGAGUGCGACUGCUGUGGGUGGAAGCAGCAAACAACAAAAAGACAGUAUGAGUAGAUGGUUGUAUAUUCCUGAGGCAAGAAGGAUGCCUGCGUCUAGAAGCAGCAGAGGAAAAGUUCAAGCCGCUGCCUAUAAAGAGGAAGAAGAAAUUGAUGCUAGAAGAAGCGUGUCGGUGUCGAGUGAUGAAGGAGGCGAAGGUGAUUAUACUUCUAUGACAGGAGCAGGCACACUUGAUGAGCAUGGGAGGGCAGUCGAGAAUUCCACAAAGCUUGUCGACGUAGCAGAAGCACUCCGCCGAACGCCUGAGGCUAUCGCAUAUUUCCACACUGAGUAUCUUCCAAAGCAUCCGCAAAUCCUUCGGAGACAUCUAGAACUAGUGGAGAAGGAGAACGCAACCAGAACUGCUCUAGUGGCUGUCUAUGAUCGGUUUACGAGGGGCGUCGACGUUGUUAAUGCCCAGACGGUGGAGGAUGUUGUGGAGCAAGACCGCGGUGGGCGUCUAAGAUGUCUUCAAAUAAAUCUAGAUGUCCUACUAGAGGAGGUGCCGCAGCCGAAAGAGAAGACGAUCAAUGCGUUGAAACCUGUAAUGUUGGAGCUGUAUUUCAGAAGAAAGAUUGAUCAUGAUCUACGGGGGGACGCAGAUGAAAAUUCAUCCAAUAUAAUAUCUUUGGCAAGAAACACAACCAGCUUUGAUAGGUCAGGUCAAAGGGAAGUACAUGACCACAGGACAAGGACGACCAUGAGUUUUGAAGACGAAGGAAUCCUUUGCUCCGACCGUGUGGCGUUUGGUCCCUCUUGGGAUGGACUUUCGGGACCACUGACACUGAAGAAAAAGCAGGAGAAUGGCGAGCAUUGGCGGUGUCUUGUUCUUUGUGGAAGAAAUGCUACUUCUGGCACCGAUAAAGAGCCUGAGGAGGACGCUUUUGAUUCCGAUGGUGACGAAUGGAGGAAGGCUAAUGUACCGCGGAAGAGGAAGUCGAGAUUGUAUCUUCCGCCAACUACUUCCUCAUCUUCAAGUGCGACAGGAACGAGCUCGUCUUCAAAAACUACGACGAAAGAUGUGAAUAAAGUUACGCUCUCAGCAGGAGCAUCACCAGCGGCUCCGGCAGCAGUAGAGCAAGCCCAGUGGAUUCCGAUUCGAAGGAGUUUACUACUCCAGUUUGAUCCGUCUCUAGCAUCGACUUUGGCGACCUUGCAUCUGCCAAAGAGUGCGCGGAUGAAGACGCCGCAUUCUUCAGCGCGUUCUGUUGGACAGUCGUCGAAGUCGGUGCGAAAUAAAACUCCAAAAACUUCUGGAAGUAGACGGAAAACUGCAGCGAAUAGAGACGACGCAGCUUCAUGUUCGCCUUUGAAAUUUCGAAAACUCGAUGAAUUCAUGACCCCUGGACGAGGACGAGUCGGAAUCGCGACAGUGAAUGAAGGUGUUGGUUCUGGCAUGAUUAAUAAAGACGUUGAAUUAAUACAACAUCAAGGAAAAUUUGAUGCAACAAGUGCAAAGCGUCGCUUGGUACUCGAGGAAAGACAAUUAGAUAAAACAACUCUUGGGGCGAGGGCAAGAGCGCCAAGCAAGCAACAAGCUCCGGAGGAUCUGACAACUUCUGGAAGGGAAGCACUCGGUAAAUCUAUUGGAAGGGCGAAAACGCCUACGCCUAGCAAGCAACAAGCUCUAGAGCACUUGACACUACACGAGGAUUUAAGCAGAGUGUUUGACGAGGAAGUGGAUCUUUUGGGGGAGAAAUCUAUUGAAGAAAGCAGACGAGUGGAGGCCGUGAAGGAAGAUUCCAGCUCCACCGUUGGAGUUCGUUCAGCACAAACAAAAGAUAAUGUCAUAGUGCUUGAUGAUUCGAGUUCGGAGGACCGGAUUUGACAUGUCUACCAGUUGCUUUCCUGGCGCCUGCUGGAGACAAUAUCCACCCAUAGACUGUAGACUUUCUAAUGAGUCCUUCCUUCUACCCAUUCCAACAAGAACUGUUUUAGACAUGGAGACCAACUCCACCCAUGAUCGAUCCGUUACUGUCCAAAG